UCAUACCAGAGGCAAAGACUUGGGAAGAAGCCUGGAAGUACUGCACAUCUAAAUAUUAUAAUCUGGCCAGCUUUACAAGCUCCUUUCUCAACAACAUUCUCACUGAGCAAGAAUUUCCAAUCUGGAUUGGAAUGCACAAAGAUGAACAAUCAUGGAGCUGGACCUCAGGAGUCUCUGAAUAUGAUAGCUGGUCAACAGGAGAGCCGAGUACCGAGGGUGACUGUGGGUCUAUCACCUCGGUGACAAAGAUGAUGGCCCCCAAAAACUGUACUGCUCGUUUUCCCUUCCUCUGCAUCCUAGACAGUGUUGUUCUGGUGAAAGAGAAAAAGAGCUGGGAGGAGGCACUGGAACACUGCAGAGGCCUCCGUUCAACCACAAACAAAGAUUUCCGCUAUGAUUUCCUCAGCCUGCAGCCCAAUGACCCACAUGACUUUGUUUUGAACAAGGUCAUGCAGGCUGAUACUGAGGAGGUUUGGGCUGGUCUGCGUUUCCUGGCUGGUGAAUGGCUGUGGGUGAACGGAGCAGAUAUGUUGUACACAAACCUGCCCCGCUGCCCCACCCGUAGGCAACACUGUGGGAUCUUAUCCAAGAGCAGUGCUGGCAGCAUGGAGGCCAGAGACUGUUCAGAAAGAAAAAACUUUCUUUGCUACAGUUAUACACCGUAAUGAGGCUACCAUCAAAAUAAUUGAAUAUUGCAACAUAUUAUAACACACUACAGUACAUCUACAUAUAUGUCAUAUUUAAAAUGUUAUCUUACACCAAAAUAAGCGCCGUUUAGAAAAUUUGAAAUAUGAAUUUUCUAAUAUUUAGAAUCACUACAUUAUUGUUCUAUUAUAGUUUAUAGAGAUAAAUGCUAUCAAUUUACGCUUGAAAAAUAUCUUUUUUAGUCAACUUUUUCCAGUUAUUUGGAUGUUGCUCAAAUAAUAGUUUCCUGUGUUUGUAAAAUGUGUUGUUCAGUGAUUAUUUGACUAUGAAUCACCAAAUUUUUGGAUACAUUUUUAAAGCAAUCCCUAGGAAGAAUUACAAUACGAAGUAAUGGAUCAAAGAUUUGUCCAUAAAGAAGAUGAAGUAGAUUGAAAGAUCUCAAAGAGAAGACAUUAUACCCUGAUCUAAAGCAACACCAGAAAAGAUGAGAAACAAUGUGUUUAACAUCAAUCUGGGAAGAAUUACAAAGUCAUUGUGAAGGCUUUGGGGGAAACAUUAUUCACUUAUGGAAAAGACAUGGAACAGUGGUGAACCUUUCCCAGCGAUGGCAAUCUACUGAAAGGAUUUCCAAAAUUGUAUCAGCUCAUCAUGGAAAUGGAAAAAA